GUGAGCACAUGGAGAAAAGUGUGUUGGAAGGAGGGAGAUUUGAUUUCGUUUUUUCUUUCGUAAACAGCUGUUACAUUUACUGUGAUAUACGGCGAUGGAGUCGGAUGCAGACACCCAGGCGCUUGCAAAGGGAGGGUUCCACUGUGUGCUUUGUGAUAUCAAUGUUCCAAAUCAGGCGAGCCUGGAGGACCAUUUAAAAGGCAGGAAACACCAGAAGCUGCGCAGUGUGCGUGAAACGAGGAAGACCCAAGAGCAGCACAGCGUCUUCGUUAGUGGAUUUCAGCGCGGGACGUCCGAACUCCAGCUCAUAGAUCACUUUCAGCGCUUCGGACCCGUGGCUAGCGUCAUCUUGGACAAAGACCAGGGUGUCUAUGCGAUUGUGCAGUUCAGUAACAUGGAAAGCCUGCAGGUGGCGCUGGCGGCACCCCAGCACUGUAUGGCAGGCCAGCGCCUGCGUGUGAAGCCCAGGGAGACGAAGGAGUUUAAAUACAUCCCCAAAAAGAAGCAAGAUCCCUCCAAGCAGCAGCUGAUCAGCCUAGAGGAGUUGACCCCAGUUCUCUGUCAAGCUGGCACUGUGAGUGAGCAAAUGCAGAAGCUGGUGGAAUUGUUCGAGCUCUCUGAGAGCGAGCAACGUCUUCGUGAGCUGCUGGUGUCUCUCCUGCAGGAGGUCUUCUCAGAAUUCUUCCCAGAGUGUAAGAUCCUGCCUUUUGGCUCCUCAGUGAACAGUUUCGACAUCCACAGCUGCGACCUGGACCUGUUUCUAGAUCUAGAGAACACCAAGACUUUCCAGGCCAAAGCAAAGAGCACAGCUGCACAGGCAGGUGAAGGGCUGUCUGAGGACGCCCAGUCGGAAGACUCGAUCCUGUCGGACAUCAACCUGGAAUCGGCCACGUCCGCGGAGGUCCUGGAGCUGGUGGCCAUGGUGCUGCAGAAGUGUGUGCCAGGGGUCCACAAGGUGCAAGCAGUCCCCUCUGCCCGCAGACCUGUGGUCAAGUUCAUCCACAAAGAGUCCGGGCUGCAAGGGGAUAUCUCCAUCAACAACAGGCUGGCUGUCCGAAAUACUCGGUUCCUUCAGUUGUGCUCUUCUUUGGAUGAGAGAUUGAGACCGCUCAUCUAUGUUGUCCGGUACUGGGCUAAACAGAAACAGCUAGCUGGAAAUCCUUGUGGUGGAGGCCCCUUGCUGAAUAACUACGCCCUGACUUUGCUUGUGAUUUUCUUCCUUCAGAACAGACAGCCUCCUGUGCUGCCAUCCGUUAACCAUCUGAAAUCACUUGCAGGUGAGGAAGAUCGCUGUAUGAUCGACGAUUGGGACUGCACUUUUCCUUGUGACUCUUCGACAGUCCCAGCCAGUGAAAACACUGAACAACUCUGCACCCUUCUCUCUGAGUUUUACAAUUUUUAUGGGCAGUUUGACUUUGCUGGGGCCGUGAUCUCCCCACGUCACGGCAGGGCUCUCCCGAUCACAGAUUUUCUGAACUCAGAGGGCGACAGGAACCCUCGUCUGGGGCCCCUUAACAUCCUGGACCCCUUUGAGCUGUGCCACAACGUGGCGGGGAACCUGAACGAGCGCACCGAGCAGCGCCUCCGCCGGCAGUGCCAGGAAGCCGCCAAGUACUGCCGCAGCCUGCAGUACCAGCGUAAAUCCACCAAGGGCAAGGUCUGGGGUCUUGUGCGGCUCUUCCACCAGCAGGGCGGCAGUGCCGCCCCAGAAGCCUCACACGGUCAAUCAGGAGAAGCCGGGGCAGACAGAAUGGUCAUCGGAAUCCCUUUCAAACUAAGUGCCCUGUCGGGCGACACCAGAAAACAGCUGCAGGGAUCUGGAGACUUCAGGCAGUUUUGGUUCAGUGAGGUGUGCAGGGCGAUGCUGUGCGCCCUGGAGAAUGUGUUGCAGAUCAGCUGCAGCCCGGUCGAAAGAGUCAGCGAAGAGGGUGCCAAGCCCAAUCCAAGUGGGGAGCAGAGUGGCAGUUCCAGAGAAACCAGCUUCAACGAAAGUGCAGAACAGGAAUCUGCAAACAUUGAUGUUCCUCGUAUGAAGGCUCCCCUGAAGGGAGGCACAGAAAAUGAGACCAAGUCCCAAGAGCUGAAGGGGAAGCCUAGUUUUCAAGAAGCCAACAAUAAUGAGGACGUUCAUUCCAACGCAAUAGACUCCCCGAUCGCAAGCCUUCAGGAUGAACCCCAAUCUGGGGUCAAGAGGCCCCGUCUUUCAGAGGAGACCCCGCAACCGUCCAGCUCCAAGAAACAGAGGCUAGACCCUGCCCACCCGCAGACUGCUGUUGGUUGGCAGUGCACCCUUUGGCAUAAGGUGUGGGCUGGGAGGAGAAAAGUAAGGAGAGAUCUCUUGAGAGGGCUGAAGGAGGACUCCAGGCCUGAUGGUGGCAGCAUUGAGCUAGAGUCUAAAGUCACAGAGGCCAUCGCACAGCAGGAGAAAGAGGCCAAGGUGUCGGGGGCAGUACUGGAGUUCACACUCCACGCUGAAGUUGUAGGAGGGACAGAAGACACCAGGACUUUGGCCAAGUUCACCCCGGUUGUUGAUGGCAGCAAUUUGUUCCAGGAUUUCUUCCAUUUCCUGGAGUCCUUUCUGCCGAGGAUGACAGAAAAGUUCUUGGAGAAAUCCAUCUAGAUGAGCAGGAAAAAAAAAUAAGUUAGACGUUGAGCCUUGCAGCCUGCUGGUGAGAGCCAAGGAUUGAACAGCAGGCUUGAAUUCAAGCAAAAUUUUAGAAGCGUAAUAAUCCUAUGAUGUGUUUUAUGAUGCGUGUGAUGUUUGAUCUGUAAUAAGACUUCUUCGUACUGUAAUAUAUCUCAGAUAGUUGCGAUGUGAUGGGAUGUAAGACACACCAAUGCAUAGCAGAUCGAGCUAUUGCAAGAUUUACUUUUAGCUUUAUGAGACUCAUUUAUUUAUCCAAAUCUCAAGAGUAAUAGGAUCAGCAUUGUAAAAUAUGGCAUGGCAAUGGAAUUCUUAUUUCCAUCACUAUUGUGAUGUACAGUACAAGGUUCUCACGAGACUCCAUGUUCUGGAAUCUCCAAAGGCUGCUCUUGCCAUUUUCAACUAUUUGUUUUCAAACAGACCAGUGGAGCCAUGUACUGUACUUCCUGGACGUAGACUUAAGAGAACCCCCUUCAAGCCCUGUAGAUGCAUACUGUUGUUGGUUAUGUAUGGACAUGUGUAAAUUCCUAUCUUACUGAUACAUAUUGUUCAAUGAAGCCGUUAUGAUUCAGUAAAUACAUUAUGGAAUUCAAUGUGUAACUUUAUCGCUGAAAAAUAAGCUGUAUAGGUUGGACCCCUUUGCCUGGAAGAAAUUUGUUACCACCUAAUUGAACUGUCCUUGUCAUUUAGUAUAACUCUAAUUUCCAGAAUUGAAUGUAGCAUUGAAACAAUCUGUUUAUAUAGAUAGAUAAAUAAAAAGCAGCAGCAGGGAUAUUCUGUGCAAAAUGCUCAUUUUUGGAUUUGCCUGGAAAAAAAAAAAAUCUGUCUCAAUAUUGUUCUCCAGUGGGUUUUGAUUUUUAUAUAAACCAAUUACAGCAUCAGACACAUCAGGCACCCCAGAAGUUAGAUUCAAUACUGUAUUAGAAACUGUUGGUUGUACUUGGCUAAACUUUUUUACGCUUUCUGUUUGGUUUGACAGUGAUGUGAUUUGUAUUUUGGUGUGCUGCUCUGUAAAGUGAUACUGAUAAAUGUGUGCAAUUGCUUUAAUUACUUGUCCAUUUGUUCUAGCAGCAUGUGUAAAUUUGAAGUGUUCUGGUUAUGUUUUCUGUCUAAUUUAAAACCACGAGCUGAGAAAUGAAGACCUGGAUAUGGUGAUAUUUUUGUAAUUCUUGGGUAAAAUAUAUAUUUUACAUGUGAUUGGAAAUAAGCAUUUUUUUUUAAUAUAGGGUUAUUCUUCAGUCAGGUGUUCUGCUUGUGUGUUUUUUUUUCUUUGAACAAUACAAGUGACAAACCAUUUUCCAUUUCCUUGUCGGAGUUUGAUGUUUUUCAUUGCAAUAUUGUGCUUCUUCUGUAUGGGUGUUCUUUUCUAUACCUAAGUACCUACUGUCUUUACUUAUUAGGAUCUACAUUGAGUUACUCACUAUUCCCAGGGUAGGCUCCAUGAGAACAUAAAUGUAACUUGGGGUCGAAACCCUUGACCUACGAUGCCACAGUCAGGGAAAGAAGUCCUCUGACAUUACCUCGGACUAUGGCUGACAAGACCUCCCCUUUAAGAAACUGCCAUUGCACGUACAACUGCUUUGUAUGCCAAACACAUAGCACUAACUUAGCAGGCAAACUCCAUGCCAUUGUUUAGGCUAGUCUAGCUCCUGUCAACAAGACUGAUACUUCAUUGUGACAAUUCAUAAUGGCUAGAAGUCACUGCAGGUGACAGGAGGCAAGCCUAGUGCAAAAUCUAUUGCAGCUCCAGUAACUUGGGAGAGCGGCGAUUUAAUUCGUCGUCCCGCAGGCUCUGCCAGGCGUCCGUGUGAGUGUGUGUUUCAUCUGUCUGGUCUUGUUUUGAAUUAUGCGACCAGUCACAAGAAAAAUCCUCCUUCGUCAGAUUUCCUGCACAGGAUAAAUUGCUGCAGUAGUGACGCCAAGCGCAAUUAUGGGCAUCUCACCUGCUUAAGACUUACUUUGGCAUGGGAAGCCUUGCGUUCAGUUUGCUUCCUACUAGGUUUCUUGUGUAUAUUAGCUGUGUAAUGCUUAAGUUUUCUAUUGAUCGAUUAAUCAUUUGAUCUGCAAUUGUGUUGAAAGACAAUUACAAGAAAUGCAAAGUAUUGACUUAAUGCUAUUUCCAGCAAAUGUUUAAUAUGAAUAAUUUAACAUAUAUAGUUACUGUAUUUUGACAGUUUGAAACUAUUUCCUUACAUGUAAUUGAAAGUUAGCCAAGAUCUUUAGAAGUACCCUCUGUCAUUUAAGAUACCACAUUCAGGAAGACCAGAUUAAUCGAUCUUUUUUUUUGUUUGUUU